AUUUCUUGCUUUUUCAGCUGACGACCAAAAAGAACGUGAACGAGAUCUGGUAACAGCUGAAAUGAUCCCCACGACGGCUACCAAACUGUCUUUCUGGCAAAAGUUUUUUGAGCUACAUUACAAAAUGUUGUUUGCAAACACUGAUAGUGUUCAGAACCACAUGUACAGUUCGGAACCCCUAGAAUGGCCUCUCAUGUCACGUGGAAUUGCAUAUUGGGUCUCUUCGACGAGCAAUGCACAGAUCCACCUGCUGGGAAACGUUGUGAUCUGGUACUCGGCAACAUUCGGCUUGGUCCUGUACUCCGCCCUGCUGAUAUUCUAUCUACUGCGCAGGCGUAGAUUGUGCUUUGACCUGGAUUCUCAAACUUGGAACCAGUUUCAAACAUUGGGCGAAAUAUUCCUAACCGGAUAUCUCUUCCAUUACUUGCCAUUCUUCUUUGUCGAUAGAACAUUGUUUCUGCACCACUAUUUGCCUGCGUUUACUUUCAAAACGCUGCUACUAGCUGCUACUUUGGAGCACGUGUACGUCGUCAUCAAUGAAGUGGUCGGUUCGAAAUUCCUGAAGAAGUUAUAUGUUUUGUCGUUGAUGGUUUGGUUAGGAUGGAUUGUGUUCGUGUUUCGUAAAUUUUCCGUGGUAAGUUAUGGUACUAGCGCACUGACGACGAACGAUAUCGUUGAUCUGAGGUGGAAGGAUAGCUGGGAUUUUAUCGUCCAUAAAAGUUAACUCGUCGUUUAUUAGAGAUCAGAUGGAAAGUUUAUAAAUUUUUCUUGAGGAUUUAUUCGUGAGGUGUAGGGAAUUUUCUUCAACCGAUUUGUUUGUUUUUAAAACAAUGCAGUUACAUUGUUGAAUCAAAAUAAUAGGCAUAGUACUUAGAAGUCUUCCAGAUAUUUUUAUAAAUGAGAAAUAUUGAGUUGGGAUUUGUGGAAUGCUGAAUAUUUACAACUCUUUCAUCCUUUUAGUCAAAACGUUGCACUGCCAAACUCUUGGAGAAAUAGGAACAUGUUUAUAAGAAAUAGAAAUAUAUCGAAUUGUUUGUUAAACUUCCAAUGAGAGAUGUCACAUAUAUUCCAAUUGUUGAUUAUGGCCUAUUAAACCGUCUAUUAUGGUUAAUGACUAGUUAGAACUGUUUCAAUUGUUUAUUAUGGUAAACAGUUGUUUAAUAAGCUACUAUUAAAAGUUUGAAUUUUCAGGGUUAAUAGGCUGUUUAAACUGUUCAGUAUGACUUAUUGAACAACAGACUGAUGCUUAACUGACGAAACCGUUGAUUAUGGCUUUGAACUGUCAAUUAUGGUUAUUUGAUGUGAACUGUUGAUUAUGGCUUACCUAACUACGGUUUAAACUAUUAUGGUUAAUGAACUAUUUGAAGCGUUUAUUUUGGCUUAUUGAAUUACUUUUAUUAGGUAGCAAUUUAACCUGUCAAUUAUGGUUAAUUGACAAUUUAAACUGACUAUUAUGGCUAAUCAACAGAUUUGUUUAUAUUUUUGGUAGUCGGCUGUUAAAACUGUCGAUUAUAGACUGUCAACUAUAGAUAAUCAACAGUUAAUAAAAUUGUAGAUUACAGCUUAAAACUAUAUUAUGGUUAGACAACAUUUUGAAUAAUAAUCAACGGUUCGAACUGUCGAUAUAAUUGCUAGUUGACAAUUUUAAUUGACGUUUAUAAAAAAUAAUCUGUGGCAGUUCAAUGUCUGCAAAUGGGAGUACAUAUUGUGAGAUGACAGAAGUAUAGUGGGUUGUUGUAUAAAAAAAAA